UAUUCUAUUCAUCUAAAUAAUUUGGUGGCAACAGCUAUAUAUACAUGUGUAUUUGCACACCUUAUAGAGUUUGAUUAAUUGCAAUAUGGUCAUGGACAAACUAAGCCAAUAUGUUCACGUAUUCAAUCAGUUCGAUGAAAAUGGAGAUGGCAAGAUAUCACCAUCUGAGCUGCGGCAGUGUGUGAAGGCUAUCGGCGAGGAGGAGCUAUCCGAAGAGGAUGCGGAGGCGGCGGUGGCGGCUCUGGACACUGAUGGGGAUGGGCUGGUGGGAUUAGAUGAUUUUGUGAGGUUUGUAGAGGGAGGGAAGGAAGAAGAGAAAGUGAAUGACCUGAGGGAGGCUUUUAAGAUGUAUGAGAUGGAUGGAAGUGGUUGCAUCACACCAAGGAGUCUUAAGAGGAUGCUUAGCAAAUUAGGUGAUUCUACAAGUAUCGACGAAUGUAAAGUCAUGAUCUCUAGAUUUGAUCUUGACGGGGAUGGGGUUCUUAGUUUUGAUGAAUUUAAGGUAAUGAUGUUGUGAUGUUCCAAUUCUUUCAAUCAUUAUUCUUUGUUCCUUUGGGUUGCUUUGGUUUUUUUUUUUAAAGAUUCAUGUUCGAGUUAGAAAUAUCAAUAUUCUUGUGGACUAAGCUCCUCCGGCAGCAGGUUUAGACUUGUUAAAGAAGGCCAAAUGUCCUACUUCAACAACCAUGUGAUGGUUAUGGGCCUGCUUUGACUUGAACACAUUAGCUCUUCAAACGAUGGUUUUAGACUUGUUUAUAGAAAAUUAAACAUGUAUCACAUUUUAUUGAGUUGAACAAAUUUUGUUGACACCAUUUGUUAUGGAUUUUAAUGUGUUCACAUAUAUGGUCUCUUCUAUCCGAA